AUGACAAAAGUUGACAUCUAUCCUGUCUAUGUUGUUUGGCCUCAGGGUGGUUGGCAAAGUGAUGAAUCCAUGGAACUGGCUGCUUUAAGAGAGACAAUAGAAGAAGCUGGGGUUGUUGGCUAUGUUGAAAAAAUGGAUAAUAAAUGGUGUUAUAAGAGCAAAUGCCAACCUACAAUUCAUGAGGCAUAUAUGUUCCCUUUGCUUGUUAGUAAGGAGUUGGAUAAUUGGACAAAGAUAAACACAAGAAAGCGAAGAUGGAUGACUGUGGCUGAAGCAAAAGAAAUAUGGCCAUAUGCUUGGAUGAAGGAAGCUUUAGAUGAAUUGGUUAAUAGGCAAACUGAACUUGCAGCCUAA